GUCCUACGUAUUAAAAGAGGCUCUAGUUUGUUUUUGCGGGAGUUAUUAGCGUACUGACAUGCGAGUUAUCGGCAAGCUGUUUCGUGGUGUUGUUUUGUAAAAUUUCAAAUGGACUCUUUGCAAAGACAUCGCUCGCUUUAUAAAGCAACAACCCCGCCAUGGAAGGAAGUAUUCCGCAAGCGCUGCGUUGAUAGGUUAGAUGGUAGCCGGGCGAGGUUGCUUGACAGAUAUCGAAAGACUGGUGGCGAUGAUCCCACAGCGUCCUACAUUGCCCAGGAGGUCAUGGAGAAGGAGUGGAUUGUUCUACAGUCAGAGAAUCGGAGAUUGCCAUCCCUUUGGGGCUCCGAUGGCAUUGCUGAGGUGCACACGGAUAUGAAGGAAUGUGAUGAACAGGCAUUUUUCGAAGAAAUCCAGCAGGAGCUCCAAUCUCACGAAAUGUCUAUCAUUGAAGAGUAUGAGAGGAACCAACAAAUUGAGCAGCAAUACGUAUCGUAUGUUAUGGAAGGGUUGGAAGAAGCAGCCAAGGUGAUUUGUCCAAUAUGUCACACGAAUUACUUGAACAUCAACAGUCAUUUCAUCUCCUGCUCAUGUGGCCUCUACAUAAAUACAGAGAUGAAGAACAUUACCGCAGAUGUCCUACGGCAGCUUCUCGAAUCCAGAGUUUUGGAGCACAUGGAAGGAUGUUCCUCUAAUCCUGUUUUUUCAUUGGCUCCCAAUGUCGAGUCCUCUCCCAACCUGCUGAUAAGCUGCAAGACAUGUGACUUCCUCUCCAUCGUCCUAUGAUUUUUGGAAGACUACUUUUUAUUUAUACUCAUGUAAAUCUUUGUGUAAAUAAAGGCUACUUUUCGAUUUAGACUUUUGAGUUUAUCUUCUGCAGAAGUCCAUCCAUUUAAACUGAGACGGUGGUAGAGAAUG